AUGAUUGUUCUAUUAAUAAUUAUUAGUAGUAUUCUAUUCAUUAGUGGAUUAUUAAUUGCUAUUUGUCUUGUUCGAUAUUUAAGUAUAAAUAGAAAGUCUUCAUCGAACAUGAUAGAUUCUAAUCUUGUUAAAUCUCAAAUAAAACCAUCAUCAAAAAUAUCUAUGAUAUCUGAUUCAAAUUCUAUAAUAAAUAAAUUUCAAUCCGAAAAUCAAAUUACUCUUGAAGAAAAAGAACCUUCGAUUGAUAUCUCUCAAACAUCAUCAUUACUUAUGCCAUCAAAAGUUGUAUGGAAAAAUGAAAAUUUUAUUUCUGAUGAAUCUUUACAAGAUACAAAACAUCAUCAUGAUUAUUCUGAAUGUCUAAGACUUGGUUCAGUACUUAUUGAUAGACCACUGGGUAUUGCAAUGCAACCAUUAGAUGGUAUGGGACCAGUACUAAUGAAAUUCAAUAUGUGUGAACAACAUUGGAUAAAACCUGAUAAUCAUUGA